AUGCUUGACCUGGACCCUUGGCCACAUAGUCUUUACACUGUCCUACUGCUGAACCUGCUUCUGGGACUCACAGGAGCAACUGUACGGGAGCUGAAGGUGAUUCAGCCUGAGAAAUCAGUUUCUGUUGCUGCUGGAGAGCCAGUCACUCUGAACUGCUCUGUGACCUCUCUGCUCCCUGUGGGCCCCGUGAAGUGGUUCAGGGGUACAGGACAGAGUCGGCACCUAAUAUAUAGUUUCACAGGAGAGAAGUUCCCCAGAAUCACAAAUGUUACAGAUCCCACAAAGAGAAACAACCUGGACUUUUCCAUCCACAUCAGUAAUGUCACACCUGGUGACGCUGGCACAUUCUUCUGUGUGAAACUCCUCAGAGCAGAAACUGACAAGGAGCUUCAGUCUGGGGGAGGCACAGUGUUGUAUGUGCUUGCAAAACCAUCUCCUCCUGUUAUCUUGGGCCCAGCAGUCAGAUUUUCACUUGAGGAGACAGUGAGCUUCACAUGCAAGAGCUUUGGCUUCUCUCCUCGGAACAUCAUACUGAAGUGGUUCAAAGAUGGAAAUGAGGUCUCCAAUUUUCAAACUACUGUGGACCCCAAAGGAGAAAGCAUCUCCUACAGUAUCUCUAGCACAGCCCAGGUGGUGCUGGGUGCUGGGGACAUACACUCUCAAAUUAUCUGUGAGGUGUCCCAUGUCACCUUGCAAGGAGGCCCUCUCCUUGUGACUGCCAACUUGUCGGAUAUCAUCCGAGUUGCUCCCACAGUGGAGAUCAGCCAGCAGCCAUCAGUUACAUGGAAGCAGAUAAAUAUCACCUGCCAGGUUGAGGAGUUCUACCCUUCGAGUCUUCGGUUGAUUUGGUUAGAGAAUGGAAAUAUAUCACGGAUAGAGGAACCUUCUACACUCACAAUAAACAAGGAUGGAACCUACAGCUGGACCAGAUGGUUCUUGGUGAACAUUCCUUGUCAUGAGGAGGAUCUGGAACUCACCUGCCAGGUGGACCAUGAUGGAGGGCCACCAGUCAUUAAAACCCAUACUGUGGUUGUCAGUGCACACCAGAGGCAAAAAGGUAUUGAUACCAUGUCUAAACUGAAGACAUCCAAUACUGGUGAAGUGGUUGUAGCUAUGCUUCUUGUACCCAAACUGCUAGUGGUAAUUGUUGCCUCUGCCAUCUACAUGCAUAAGAAGAAGAAGGCUUGA